AUGGACUCGAUUUCGGACCCACCCUUCCACGAGGCAUACAAAAUCCUGAUCGACAAGACCCGAAACAAUGAAGAGAAUGAUUUUGACAAUGGACUCGUGGUGGCAGAGGAAUGCGAGCUUCCGGUGAUCGAUCUCAGCCGUUUAGAAGAGAGUAAUGAGAUAGUGAGGGAAGAGUGCAAGUCACGCAUAGCUAGGGCUUCUCAGGAGUGGGGUUUCUUCCAAGUUGUGAAGCAUGGUAUCUCCAGUGAGAUCUUCAGCAGGCUCAGGUGUGAGCAGGAGAAAGUGUUCAAGAAGCCCUUUGAAAAGAAGAUCCAAGAGGACAAGUUCACGAACUUCUCCGCCGGUAGCUACCGCUGGGGAACACCCACUGCCACGUGCAUUAGACAGUUAUCUUGGUCAGAAGCAUUUCAUAUUCCUUUAACCGAUAUACUUGGGUCCACUGGCUCAAACCCUCUUAGUUCAACAAUUGAGCAGUUUGCUACCACAGUUUCCAAACUUGCACAAACUUUAGCCGACAUCUUGGCCGAGAAAAUGGGUCACAAGUCAACCUUCUUUAAGGAGAAUUGCUUGCCCAACACAUGUUAUCUUCGAUUGAACCGAUAUCCUCCAUGCCCCAUCACUUUUGGGAUUCAUGGUUUGAUGCCGCAUACAGAUAGUGACUUCCUCACCAUAUUAUAUCAAGAUCAGGUCGGAGGUUUGCAAUUGUUUAAAGACAGGAAAUGGAUCGCAGUUAAACCAAACCCUGAUGCUCUUAUAAUAAACAUUGGUGACUUAUUCCAGGCAUGGAGCAACGGGGUGUACAAGAGUGUUGAGCAUCGAGUAGUGACCAACCCAAAAUUAGAAAGGUUCUCUGUGGCGUAUUUCCUUUGCCCUUCGAACGAAACCGUGAUAGAGAGUUGCAGAGAGCCCUCUGUUUACAGGAAAUUUAGCUUUCGGGAGUAUAGACAACAAGUUCGAGAUGAUGUUCAGAAGUUGGGUUCAAAAAUAGGCCUACCCAGGUUUCGCAAAAAUGAAGGAACUUCAUAG